GGACUCCUACCAAAUCCUCCAUAUUUCCUCACAAAAAAAAGGAAAAAAACUCCACCACAAUUCCCAUCAAAAUUCAAGUACAUAUAAUAAUCAACUUAGAACAACACUAUACCCUGUCCCAGCUCUCCCUCACCUCCGCUCCAAAAAUGAACGGGGACACCCCUGAUCACGACCAAAAAUCUCCCCUCCUCCCUCUCCACGACCAACCCAUCUCUCCCAAAUCUCUCCUCUCUCUCCAAAACUUCUACAUACUCUUAGGACCUCUUCUGGCUGGCCUUAUUUGCCUCACUGUCAAGCUUGAUGCUCCCAGCAGCCGCAACAUGCUGGCUGUGCUUGCAUGGAUGUUCGCCUGGUGGAUGACGGAGGCCGUGCCGAUGCCGAUCACUUCCAUGUCGCCGUUGUUUCUUUUUCCGGUGUUCGGAAUCUUGACGGCCGAUGAGGUUGCUCAUGCUUAUAUGGAUGAUGUUAUUGCACUUAUGCUGGGGAGCUUUAUUCUUGCUCUUGCUGUUGAGCAUUAUAAUAUUCACCGCAGAAUGGCCUUAACUAUAACAGUAUUAUUCAGCGGGGAACCACUGAACCCACAAAUACUACUGCUAGGAAUAUGUGGCACAACAGCAUUCAUCAGCAUGUGGAUGCACAACACAGCAGUAGCUUUAAUGAUGAUGCCGGUAGCAACUGGUAUAUUACAGAGAUUCCCAACUGGUCCACGAUCCGACGUUGUAACUACCAAGUUCUGCAAAGCUGUCGUUUUAGGUGUAAUAUACUCUGCAACAAUUGGAGGUAUAAGCACACUCACUGGGACAGGUGUUAAUCUGAUAUUGGUUGGAAUGUGGAAAAGUUACUUUCCAGAAGCCGAUCCUAUUACAUUCAGCACUUAUAUUCUUUUCGGGUUCCCGUUGGCUCUAUUCAUUUUCUUCGCUAUGUGGAUCAUUCUUUGCUUAUGGUUUGUACCAAAGGGUUCAGGUCCAACUCUUUCUACUUAUCUUGAUAAAUCCCAUUUGAAGAGGGAGCUUGAUAUGCUAGGUCCAAUGGCUUUUGCUGAGAAGAUGAUAUUGACCAUAUUUUCGAUUUUGAUUUUUCUGUGGAUGACGAGGAGUAUAACAGAUGACAUUCCAGGAUGGGGUGCUCUGUUUAACGGUCGUGCAGGAGAUGGAACAGUUAGUGUUAUGAUGGCAACUCUGCUGUUCAUAAUUCCAAAUAAGAAACAACCAGGUGAGAAACUAAUGGACUGGAACAAAUGCAAAAAACUUCCAUGGGGUAUUGUAUUACUACUAGGAGCCGGAUUAGCCUUAGCCGAGGGAGUCCAAACAAGUGGACUCACUAACGUACUAUCAAAAGCCUUAGAUUUCUUAGAGCAAGUUCCCUACUUAGCCAUGGCUCCUGCAGUCUGUCUCAUAUGUGCAACACUGACCGAGUUCAUCACAUCAAAUAAUGCUACCACAACUCUAGUUCUCCCGCUUCUGAUAGAAAUCGCAAAAACAAUGCACGUCCAUCCACUGCUCCUUAUGCUUCCCGGUUCAAUAGGAGCACAGCUUGCCUUCCUCCUUCCGACAGGAACUCCUUCGAAUGUAAUAGGGUUCACCACAGGACACAUUGAUCUCAAAGAUAUGCUCAAGACCGGGAUUCCGCUGAAAUUUGCUGGAAUUGUGGUGUUAUCUGUUGUGAUGCCUACCCUAGGGGCUUUCGUUUUCGGGACUGAUAGCAAGCAUUGGAGCAUUGGAAAAUCUAGUACCUGAGUUUCUUAUGUACCUUAUGUAUAAAGUACAUGUAUACAUUGGCGGAGCCAGAACAUACAUCGUGAGGGGGCACUCUAAAAAUUUCCAUCCAAAUAAAUCAUAGAAAGUAUAAAAUCAAUCAUCACACUGUGUUCUUUCUUCUUUCUCUAAGUGUAAUAUAAAUUCACCCAGAGGUCUCUACCUCGCUCCGCCACUGCAUGUAUAUUCGAGUUUCAGCUUAUCCAAUCAAUGUAUAAAAUCAAACGCUCUUUUUGUUCA